GAGAGGGGGAAAGGACUCACCACCAUGCUUUGGGAAUUUCUGGUUCUCCUCUGCAGCAUCAUACACCUUUCAGAUCAAAGCCAAAUGGAUCUUUCAAACUAUUUACCAGAGACCUAUUCUGAAGAGCUGAGAAGUCUAGGUGAUCAUCAUUCAGCUCUGGACAAGGGCUCUUGUUCCACCUGGAGCACUGGCCAUUUCUCAACCUUUGACAAUUACCUGUAUGAUUUCUCGGGGACUUGCAAUUAUAUCUUUGCCACUGUCUGCGAUGACAUCUCUCCGGACUUCAACAUACAGUUCCGUCGUAAUCUGAACAAAAAAAUUGCAAGAAUUAUCAUUGGGGUGGGACCCAAUACUAUUACCAUUGAAAAUAGUGUCAUCUCCAUCAAGGAUUAUGGUACAAUCAAAUUGCCAUAUACUAGAAAUGGAAUUCAGAUUACACCAUUUGGGCACCUUAUCCGUUUAUUAGCCAAGUUGAGGGAAAUUGAGCUUGCUGUUUUCUGGAACAAUGAUGACUACCUCAUGGUUUUAAUUGACCAAAAAUAUAUGGCAAAGACAUGUGGACUGUGUGGAAAUUUUGAUGGGCAAGAGUUAAAUGAGUUUCUGAAUGAAGGUAAGCUUCUGGACCCAUAUAAAUAUGCAGCUUUACAGAAAAUUGAUGAUCCUGCAGAGAUCUGUCCUUUCGAAGAGAUGAUGGUUCCUAAUAUUCCUCAUAAGAAAUACGCCAGAGUUUGCCUCCAACUUUUAAGCCUUGUGUCACCGUCAUGCAAUAUUUCAAGGAAGGGGUUUGUUAUCCGUUGCCAACUGGAUAUGCAAGUCUGUAGCAAUCCCGGACACAAAAACUGUACUUGUGCUACUCUUUCAGAAUACUCCAGACAGUGCUCCAUGUCUCAUCAAGAGGUGACCAAUUGGAGGACCAAUGAUUUCUGUUCUCUGGGAAGAUGUCCAGGUAAUCAAAAUUAUAAAGAAUGUGGUUCCACAUGUCUCAAGACAUGUUCCAAUCCUGAAUACAGCUGUUCCAGCUACUGUACCUAUGGCUGCUUCUGUCCAGAAGGCACUGUUUUGGAUGACAUUUCAAAAAGCCAAACAUGCAUUCCUAUUGAACAGUGUCCAUGCACAUUGAAUGGGAAGAUAUAUGCUCCUGGUGAUGUCAUGCAAACAACUUGUGAGAAGUGUAAAUGUACAAUGGGCCAAUGGAGCUGUAAAGAACUACCAUGUCCUGGCAGAUGUUCUUUGGAAGGAGGCUCUUUUGUCACCACUUUCGACUCUAGACCAUACAGAUUCCAUGGUGUCUGCACCUAUAUUCUUUUGAAGAGCCCCAUAUUACCACAUAAUGGAACUCUAAUGGCUGUAUAUGAAAAAUCUGGCUUUUCCAGUUCAGAGACUUCCUUGGCAGCUAUUAUUUAUGUCUCAGAAAAAGAGAAAAUUGUGAUUUCCAAGCAUGAGGCAUUAAGUGAUGAGAAUGAACUUAAGUGGUUACCUUAUAAAGCAGGGGACAUCACCAUCUUCAGACAGUCAUCAGCUCACGUUCAGAUAUACACUACCUUUGGGCUGGAGAUAAUAAUUCAAACUCGUCCAGUAUUUGAAACUUAUAUUAAAGUUGAACAUCAUUUCAGAGGCAAAACCCGAGGGUUAUGUGGUAACUACAAUGGAGAAACAGCAGAUGAUUUCAUGACCAGUAUGGAUAUUAUUGAAGGAACCGCACCCCUUUUUGUGGAUUCUUGGAGAUCAGGGAACUGUCCUCCUGCCGUUGAACAAGAUACAGAUCCUUGUUCUAUGAGUCAGCUGAACAAAAUAUGUGCAGAGACCCACUGCUCUGUUUUAAAAAGGAAUACACUAUUUCAAAAAUGUCAUUCUGCGGUGAAUCCAGAACCAUUUUUCAAGAGAUGUAGAUAUCAGGCAUGUAACUAUGAGGAAACCUUUCCAUAUAUUUGUUCUGUUCUGGGUUCCUAUGCCCGUGAAUGUGCUUCAAAGGGAAUAAUUCUUGGGGAUUGGCGCAGUACUGUCGACAAUUGCACCAUUUCUUGUACUGGAAAUCAGACAUUCAGCUACAAUACAGAAGCUUGUGACCGGACAUGCCUGUCCCUCUCCAGCAGAGAACUUGAAUGUCACCCCACUGAUAUUCCCAUUGAUGGCUGCAAUUGCCCAAAAGGAACCUACCUGAACCACAAAAAUGAGUGUGUCCGGAAAUCUCAAUGUCCUUGCUACCUGAAAGGCAGAAAGGUCAUUCAGGCGGAUCAAUCAACCAUAAUUGGUGGAGCUACCUGCUACUGCAUUAAUGGAAAUCUGACUUGUAUCGGCAGACCAAUGAGCUUCUCAGAAAUGUGCAGGCCUCCUAAAAGGUACAUUUCAUGUUCAGCCCACUCAGGAAGCAAAUAUGGGGCUGCUUGUGCACCAACGUGUCAAAUGCUGGCCACUGGAACCAACUGUAUCCCUACCAAGUGUGAAUCAGGAUGUGUUUGUGCAUCUGGACUAUAUGAGAAGCUAGAUGGUACAUGCGUGCCUCCUGAGGAGUGUCCUUGUGAAUAUGGUGGCAUUUCAUACGCAAAAGGAGAAAAUAUUAACACUGAAUGCAGUACAUGUACCUGCACAAGAGGAAAAUGGAAGUGUGUUCAGAAUUCCAGGUGCUCUUCAACAUGUAGUCUUUAUGGGGAAGGUCACAUCACUUCUUUUGACGGACAGCACUUUGCAUUUGAUGGCAACUGUGAAUACAUAUUAGCCAUGGAUGGUUGUGACAUGGCUAAAUCCCCCCAUACAUUUAAAAUAGUGACUGAAAAUGUUGUCUGUGGAAAUACUGGGGUCACAUGUUCCAGAGCAAUCAAGAUCUAUCUUGGGAACCUGACAAUCAUCUUGGCAGAUAGAACAUUUACUGUUUAUGGUAGCAAUCCUCGGACACAUUUCUUCAUAGAAGAGAAUACGCUCCACUUGAUUAUUCAGAUCACAAUCCCUGGCAAAUAUAAUAUGACUCUGAUCUGGAACAGGAACAUGAAUUUAUUCAUCAAGCUUUUCAGAGAAACAAAGGACCAUCUUUGUGGUUUAUGCGGUAAUUACAAUGGAAACAUAAAAGAUGAUUUUGAAACACGGAGUAGAUACACAGCAUCCAACGAAUUUGAGUUUGUCAAUUCCUGGAAAGAGAAUCCUCUCUGUGGAGAUGUGUUCUUUGUAGCUGAUCCAUGUAGCAAGAACCCCUAUCGCAAAGCGUGGGCUGAGAAACAAUGUUCUGUUAUCAACAGUCAAGUAUUUGCCCCCUGUCACAGUAAGGUAUACUGGAUGCCUUACUAUGAAUCUUGUGUCCGAGACUCAUGUGGAUGUGACAGUGGAGGAGAUUGUGAAUGUAUGUGUGAUGCCAUUGCAGUCUAUGCAAAAGCUUGCUUAGAUGUUGGUGUCUGCAUUGAUUGGAGAACCCCUGACUUCUGCCCUGUAUACUGUGACUUCUUCAACACCCAUAGGAAGAUUGGCAUGGAUUAUAGUUAUGUUAAUGAAGUAAAUUGUACCUGGCAUUAUCGCCCCUGUAAAUGUCAAAAUAUGUUACCAGUAACAGAAGUCAACAUUGAAGGCUGUUACAACUGUUCACGUGGCAAGUUCUAUGAUUUAAAGAAGGGAGCCUGCAUACCCUGUGAACUGCCACCUGUACCCCAUUCAACAACUAUAGCAGCCACAACAACCCCACCACACACCAUAGGUACACUGGAAACUACAGCAAGUUCAUCUCCUUCUACAGUGUCGAAAACCACUGUUUCCACAGAAUCCACAAUAUCAAGCACUUUGAAGACCACUUCCACUACCACAAGGCCCCAAAUCAGUACCAUGAUCUCUACACAUUUUACUGAAACCUCAGAAAAAACUUUAACAACCAUAGCACCUACAUCAACAGCUUCCACAAGGAAAAGUAGCACACCAAAAACAACAAUAACAACUUCAUUGACAGUAACAACAAAAACUACUAAAUUGACACAAACAACAAGAACCAGCACAUAUCAACCAACAAUGACUACUCAAAAAAAAACACCAAAGACAGACCAUCCAGCCACAAAGACUGUUCCAACACAGCCGUCAUAUAUAAAUCAGACAACAACCAAUACUUCACCAUCAAAAUACAUUACUUCCACACCUGUAACAACAGCAGAAACAACUAGAACCACGAAAACAACAGCCAGGUCUCCCUGUCCAACCCGGAGAACCACGCCAUCGACGAAAAGCACCACCACCACCACACCUAAAACCACAAAACCAAUCUCUACCCUGAGCGUGCCCACCCCUCCUUCCACCAAAUCCACGCCAAGUAGCGCGCCCACCCCGACAAGCACAACCCCCACCCACACCUCCACCCCACCACCCCCCCCCACCACCUCCACCCCCCGCACAACCCCCCCCACCCCUACCACUCCCACCACCUCCUUGCCCAGCAGCACCCCUCCCGUCACCCCCUCUACCACCACCCUGACGACCAAGACCCCGGCCCCUUCGACACCGAGCACGAGACCAAUCAGGACCAGCAGUGCCACGCCCAAAACCACAACACCAAUCUCUACCCUGAGCGUGCCCACCCCUACUUCCACCGAGUCCACGCCAAGUAGCGCACACACCCCGACAAGCACCACCCCCGCCCACACCUCCACCACCCCCGCCACCUCAACCACCUCCAGCACCAGCACAACUCUACCCACGACUCCAAGCCCGCCUCCCACAGUGACCUCCACCUCCACCAGCAGCCCGGUCACCACUCCCACCACUACCACUCCCAUUACUACCACUCCCACCACCUACUUGCCCAGCAGCACCGCUCCCGUCACCCCCUCUACCACCACCCUGACGACCAAGACCCCGGCCCCUUCGACGCCGAGCACGAGACCAAUCAGGACCAGCAGUGCGACUCCAAAGACCAGCCCACCACUUCCGACGCCCACCGCUACAGCUUCCACCCCUCCGACCGCGGUCCCCAGCAGCAGCACCCCGAAAACAACGCCGACCCCCUCCCCCUCUUCGACCGCCAGCACCACGCCAUCGACGCAGAGCGCCACCACCACCACGCCCAAAACCACAACACCAAUCUCUACCCUGAGCGUGCCCACCCCUACUUCCACCGAGUCCACGCCAAGUAGCGCGCCCACUCCGACAAGCACCACCCCCGCCCACACCUCCACCACCCCCGCCACCUCAACCACCUCCAGCACCAGCACACCUCUACCCACGACUCCAAGCCCGCCUCCCACAGCGACCUCCUCCUCCCCCAGCAGCCCGGUCACCACUCCCACCACUACCACUCCCAUCACUACCACU